AUGUCCCGACUAGAUCUGGUGAUAUUUGGAGCCACUGGGUUUACUGGCAAGAACACCGUCAUAGAAUGUGCAAGAAUUGCUAAGAGGAGGCCGGGGCUCACUUGGGGAAUUGCCGGCAGAUCUCAGUCUAAGCUUGACGCUGUGCUAAAGGAGGCUUCUAAGAAGACUGGCGAUGAUCUGUCCUCGACGCCGGUGAUCCUAGCCGAUGUGAAGGACGACAGCUCUGUGCAGGCGAUGUGCGAACGAGCGAAGGUGCUCGUCAACUGCUGCGGACCCUACAGGCUGUACGGGGAGCCGGUUGUGAGGGCCGCUGUGCAUUGUCGUACGCAUUACGUCGACGUCAGCGGGGAACCUACGUUCAUUGAGUCAAUGCAGCUGCGAUACGACCCGGCAGCGCGCGAGGCGGGCGUAUACAUCAUCAGUGCGUGCGGCUUCGACAGUAUUCCCAACGACAUGGGUGUCAUUUUUCUUGAGCAAAACUUCGAAGGUACCCUGAACUCCGUCGAGUCCUACAUCAGCACCUACUUGCCUCCGGAGUAUCGGAAAGCUGCCAGGAGUGGUGUUAUACACUAUGGCACCUGGGAGUCCAUUAUAUAUGGAGUGACGUAUAAGAAUGAACUGUCGCCGUUAAGAAAGCAAUUGUUUGCAGAGCGCAUUCCCACGUUCCAACCUGUACCGCCAAAAAGAUCUUUGCACAAGAAAGACAGCAGUUGGUGUGUCCCAUUUCCCGGCAGUGAUGCGUCGGUUGUGUACCGCACGCAAAGGCAGUUGUACACGACCGAGGGAAAGCGACCAGUUCAAUUCCGUGUGUACGUGAAGAUGCACAGCUUCUUGAUGCUCAUGCUGGUGGCGUUCGCCGGUGUAAUGUUCUACCUGUUCACCCGCACCAGUUUCACCAGGAAGUGGCUGCUUAACUACCCUAAACUGUUUAGCUUCGGUAUGGUGACCAAGGACGAGAUAAAGGAGGAAGUGAUGGACAAUACGCACUUCAAGAUGGAGUUGCGCGGUCUUGGCUGGGAGAGGGGUGCCGAUGUUGAGAACACGCCUCCCAACAAGAAGAUGGUUGCUAAGGUGACAGGAACGAACCCGGGCUACGGCGCGACGGUAGUGGCCCUAUUGUAUUCCGCACUCACUAUACUCGACGAGAAAGAUAAAAUGCCUAAGCCGGGCGGUGUAAUGACAACUGGGUACGCGUUCAGGAAUACAGAACUGAUAAAGAGGCUGCACGAAAACAACCUCAAAUUUGAAAUUAUUGAGAAUCAUUAUAAUAAGAUGUCCCGACUAGACUUGGUGAUAUUUGGAGCAACUGGCUUUACUGGCAAGAACACCCUAAUUGAAUGUGUAAGAAUUGAUAAGAGGAGGCCGGGGCUCACUUGGGGAAUCGCCGGUAGAUCUCAGUCUAAGCUCGAUGGUGUACUGCAGGAAGCUUCUAUAAAAACCGGCGAGAAUCUUUCCUCGAUACCGGUGAUCCUGGCCGACGUGAGUGAUGACAGCUCUCUCUUGGCAAUGUGCAAAAGGGCAAAGGUGCUUGUCAACUGCUGUGGUCCCUACAAGUUGCAUGGAGAGGCCGUCGUGAGUGCUGCUGUACGAUGUAGGACGCACUACGUGGACGUCAGUGGGGAGCCUGUGUUUAUCCAGUCUAUGCAGCUGCGAUACGACCCGGCAGCGCGCGAGGCGGGCGUAUACAUCAUCAGUGCGUGCGGCUUCGACAGUAUUCCCAACGACAUGGGUGUCAUUUUUCUCGAGCGGAACUUCGAUGGCACCCUUAAUUCAGUAGAGUCAUACAUCAGCGCAGACGUGCCUCAAGAGUACCAGAAAGCGGCUCGGCAAUAUGGGUGCUUUCAUUACGGAACCUGGGCGUCUAUUGUCUAUGGGUUGAUGUAUCAGAACGAGUUGCCGGCACUGAGGAAACUGUUGUAUCCGGAUCGGAUGCCUACGUUCAAACCUAGUUUACCAAAAAGAUGGGUGAUCCACAAACACAAUGGUAGUUGGUGUGUACCGUUUCCGUUCUGCGACGAAUAUGUCGUGUACGACACACAGAGGCGACUAUAUGCCAACACUGGCAAGCGACCGGUGAAGUUCCACGCGUACAUCAAAAUGCCCAGCGGGUUAUUACUGCUCCUAACUUUGCUGUCUGGGGCCCUGCUCUACCUGUUCACCUUCACCAGCUACACCAGAAGCUGGCUGCUUAAAUAUCCGCGAUUCUUCACCUUUGGCGCUUUCACCAAUGACGACAUAAAGGAGGAUGUGAUGGACAACACGCACUUCAAUGUGGAGUUGCACGGUGUGGGCUGGGAGAGGGGAGACGAUAUUGAAAGCACACCGCCCACCAAGAAGAUGGUAGCCAAGGUAUCGGGAACGAACCCGGGCUAUGGCGCCACUGUGGUGGCGCUGUUGCAUUCAGCACUGACGAUACUUGAUGAAAAAGAUAAAAUGCCUAACCUGGGCGGUGUGUUGACAACGGGGUACGCGUUCAGUGACACGGAUCUUAUCAAGAGACUGCACGAAAAUAACUUCAAGUUUGAAAUUGUUGAGAAGUGA